GCCGCCCGCGAAGAGCCCAGUAACUCUAAUCGCCGUACCACGAAAACCACCAUGAAGAGGUUCGCGUGUUUGUUAGUGCUCAGUGCACUCUGCUCAGCUGUAUACAGUCAAGAAAAUUUCAAAUGUCCGGACGAUUUCGGAUUCUACCCACACCACAUAUCCUGUGAUAAAUAUUGGAAAUGCGACAACAACGUUGCUGAAUUAAAGACUUGCGGCAACGGUUUAGCCUUCGACGCUAGCGAUUCCAAAUUCUUAACGGAAAACUGUGAUUACAUCCACAACGUCGAUUGUGGCGAUAGGAAUCAAUUAGAGCCUGCGAUAAGCACCUCUCACUGCGAGAGGCUGUACGGUAUCUUCGCUGAUGAGGCGAAAUGCGAUGUGUUCUGGAAUUGCUGGAACGGAGAAGCAUCCAGAUAUCAAUGUUCUCCUGGACUCGCCUACGACAGGGAUGCGCGCGUUUGCAUGUGGGCAGAUCAGGUUCCUGAGUGUAAAAGCGAAGAAGUUGCAGGAGGCUUCACUUGCCCCGCUGCUGGCGAAAUAGCCAACGCCGGGUCGUUCUCCAGGCACGCGCAUCCUGACGACUGCAGGAAGUACUACAUCUGCCUGGAAGGCCAGGCCAGAGAGUACGGUUGUCCCAUCGGUACCGUGUUCAAAAUUGGCGAUGCUGAUGGUACUGGCAACUGCGAGGAUCCCGAAGAUGUACCCGGAUGCGAAGACUACUACGGCGACUUGGACUUGAAGAGCAUCCGCAAGAGCGAACUGUUGGCGGGCCUGCAGGGCGGCGGUACGACGCGCAACGUUGCCACCCCGCAGAAAAAGCCGCGUCCGGGGGCGUCGUCGCCGGCGUCGCGUAACGCGCCCGAAUCGGCGGGCAACUAAUCGCCCCAUCGCCCGGGAAUCCCCGCAGACGGAAAGCGUCGAAUGGAACUUUUCUGUGUAGCCGGUUUUCCGUUCGCCGGCGAAUCCCGAGCGGCCUUUGCCAUUUCGGCCCUUCAUAAGGGUCGUACGCGUUAUCGAGGAAGUGGCGCGGGGUCGCUUCGGAUUCGUCGACUUUGUGGAAAACUGUAGAAAAUUUCCAUUUGGUUUUCUUUAAAUUAAUUCAAUUUCGUGACGCGAAUGAGAUGUUUUGCGGCCUUUGCGGGUGACCCGAAUUGGUGUGUUUGUUCCCUUUCAGUAUAGUACAGGUACUUGCAAUGUUACAUUAAUAACUUCAAUUUAAUGCCAUUUCCAUCUACCAACUUUUCUACAACAGCGACGAUAAACAAUUAUCAUUGGGUGACUAUUAAAGGUGACCCAUCCUAUUCCAUAAGAAAAGUGCAAAUAAGUUCCUUACGAUACAAAACAUACCAUUUCGGAUCAUCCUGUAAUUAUUUAAUUUUUAGUAAUAAUUUUUUUAACGAAUUUUGGGUCCAGAACAGAUCGUUCGGUGUUUGCUACUGUAUUCGCAGAAAAUUAUUAGAUGUGUUUCGUUGAACGGUACAAAAUUUUUUUAUAAACAUUCAAUAAAAAUCAUUUUUAAACGCC